CACUCAUCAAUAAUUCGGAACAUAUUCAAUGACUGUCUUUUAUCUGUAUUCAUUGUUUUUGUCAGUCUUUGACAAUAUUUACAAAACUCAAUACUACAGUUUUGGAUAUCAUUGCUUAAUUAAUAAAGAUAAUUUAGUGAGUGCUAAAUAUGGGUUGUGGAAAUUCUAGGCCGGAAACUGUUCAUGAUCCUGUGAAAACAAACAGCCAAAAAGACACAAAUAAAGCAUCCAACAAGACUCAAAACCGUUCAAAAGAGAAAAACGAUUACCAAUUAAUAGAUCAACAUGCAAGAAAGGCACCAAGCCGUUUGAAGAAUUCUGCAGAAGAACUCGUAGCAUAUCUGUCAUCAGAUUCGAAAGAUCCAAGAAUGCUGGCACGAGGGUUUUUUGUUUGGAGCUCCGAAAACAUAAAAUAUGAUGUUGAUGGUUAUUUUGGAAGAGCAGAGUCAGCUCCAAAUGAUGCCGAAUCAGUGAUGAAGAAUGGCAGAAGUGUGUGCGAAGGAUAUGCCAGUGUGUUUGAAUUGUUAUGCAGCAAAGCUGGAAUUCCUGUAAAGAAACUAUCUGGAUUUGCCAAAGGCUAUGGCUAUUCACCAUCAAAACAACUCACUUUAAACACACGUACCGAUCAUGCCUGGAAUGCCGUCCAACUUGAAGGGAAACGGUACCUUGUAGACAGUACAUGGGGUUCAGGUCACCUUGAUAGUAAAACAAAUGACUAUAAGAAGGAAUUUGAUGAUUUCUACUUCCUUACAGAGCCAAAGCAAUUUGUUUCUGCUCAUUUUCCAUACAUGGAUAAUAAUUUGGAAGAAAGUCAGAAAUGGCAAUUGUUAUCUAAACCUAUAAGCCUGGAAGAGUUUAAUAAAAACCUAGAAUAUAGUCCACAAGCUUUCAAAAUAGGCAUGCAGGCGGUAAGCCAUACAACAGCAUAUUUUGAAAUGAAAAACGAAUUGCAGAUGACUUUCAAAAGUCUUGGAAAAGAAGAUAUCAAUUUCAGUUCGAGAUUAAUGUAUGAGGAUGGUAACUGGUUAAAAGAACAAAGAAAUGCAACAUUUGGCUAUCAAGAAAAUGAUGUGUAUAAAAUUUUAAUUCAUCCACAAAAGCCGGGUAUGUACGAGUUAACCAUAUUUGGUAAAUUUGCUUCGGAUGAUAGAGAUAAAAGCAUACCACAGGUACUGGAGUACACUUUCAAAUGUACUGAAGUUUCAGACAAAACCCAUGAAUAUCCACAUAUAUAUGGAGCAGUGUCUGUUGAAAAAUGUAUUUUGCAUGAGCCUCGCAGGGGAAACCUUCCUUCUAAAACUGAAAUUCAGUUUCGUAUCUCAGCACCAUAUCUACAAGUCAUUCGGGUAGGGGAUACCUUACUAUUGAAGCAAGGCACUAUGUUUACAGGCAAAGUAACAACACCUGAAAAAGGAUAUCAACUAAGCUUAUACGGUACAAGGGGAGAUCAAUAUAGCAGGAUGGAUGGCUUGUACGAUUUCCAUACAGUGUGACUUCACAUUACAUAACAUUUUUAAGAUACAAACAUUUUAAUGUGGGGAAUUGUUUUCUUUGCUAUCACAGAAAAUCUGACUUUCUGUGUGUUUAUGAGACGUGUUCUUAAAGGUUGUCCUGUAUCUUUCUUUGGAUUUAAAUAAAUAUAUGUUUUUAUAGUUAAAUGCUUAUCAAGAUGUAUUAAUUAAUUAACUCAAUUAUCAGACUACCCCAUAGCCAAUCGUGUUUGAUUAGCUCUUUUGCAUAGACUUUUUUAAUUGGAUGAAGGCGUGUUCAUAAUAAUUUAUUCACACAUUCCUGUAAUUAAUGCUGCCUUAAAAGAUCUUCCAUUCCCACUAUAUAAAAAUUAAAAACAAUCUGACAAAAAUCUUAUUCCAGUUUGCUUAGGUCAUUUACACAGUAUAUAAACGAUUUGAACCCCAACCAGAUCUUAUUAGAAAAUGUCAGUGUCAGCCAUUUUCUGACGCUUAACUUGUUUAAUAUAUUUGUAUUUAUAUUGCUACUUAUGGACGUUAGGUU